AUGUACGUCCUAGCCGUAAAAAUAAGGUUACCAACCUAUGAAGGGACUAAGGAUCCAAUGCAGCACAUGAACUCGUUCAUGGCUGUCGUAUCCAAAGCCAGGUUCACCGAAGAACAAAAGGACGCUGGUCAAUGUCAGCUAUUAGUUGAGAGUUUAAUUGAGAACGCGUUAACCUGGUUCUCUCGACUCCUAGCGAACUCGAUCGACAACUUCGCUCAGCUGUCAGCAGCUUUCCUACGGAACUACCGGGUCUUCAUAGAACGCGGUGUUUCCAGCGCUGAGUUGUGGGAAAUUGUCCAGGAACCCGGCGAACCCUUGCGACGAUACCAUACCAGAUUCAAGGAAAGGUAUGCCAGCAUCUCGGUCACCGAGGACGUCGCGAUUGCCGCCUUCAAAAAGGGACUCAUACCCGGGUCGCUGUUACAACUAGACCUGAAUAUCCGAGAGGCCAAGGAUUUGGAAGACGCACUUCAGCGGGGAUCCCGUUUCGCAUACGUUGAGGAAGACGAAGAGAAGAGGACAGGGAAGACCCCUCCUGCACGUACAACUCCGGCGAAAGAGAAAAGCCGAGACGCCUACCAAGAACCUCGGAAGCACCAUGACCCAAGGGAUGCUAAACGUGGGGUGGUCACUGCAAUCUCCGAAGAUGGAGGACAAGAUAACACGCCUCCGAGCACACAAGAGGAGCUUUACUGCGAUUUCCACAUGUUAGGAGGCCAUUCCAUGACCGAGUGCAAGCAUCUGUCCAAUUACUUAUACGAGAAAUAUCUAUCUGGCGAGAUCAAAGCUGUCUAUCAACCUAAAGCUUCCCGCGGCAGUCGCGGAGGUAGAGGUCGUGGAGGAAGAUUUGGACGAUCCAAUCCUGGGCGAGGUCAGAAGGGCAGUAACCACUCGAAUAAUGCGCCAAGCGACGUGCAACAGCCACCCCCUGUAGAGCAGCAGAAUCCAGCGCCAGCGGAGGUCCUCACGACACCACCCAAGCGUCAAAAAGGACAGCAGGCUGAACAAAUCCCACCUCGGAGCCGCAUCUCUAUGAUUAUUGGUCAGACCGACGAAUGCAAGGAUUCGGUCUGGGCCUUAAAGAAGCGAGGGCGCCAGAUCUGCAGCGUUUAG